CCGGGUUCCCUUCCCGUCUUUAUGGACAAUAUUAUCCCCCAGGACUGCAUAUCCCACCCUCCUCUUGAAGACGACGGCCUCGGGCUGCAUAAUUCCUUCUUGCCGCCGGUGCCUUGGGCCUUGAGUCCCGCCGUCCCAACUGAUUUCACUGUCAGUUCGCAAGCCAGCUCCGGCGCUCCUUGCCAGACAAUGCGAAAUCCCAGCAAUCGCCAGCGGGAGUGUCCCACCGCGCGGACCUCUACAUUUGGUGCAACUACAAAGAUGUCUCCUGCACAAAUACACGAGAUAACCUGGCGCGGUAGCGAGACGAGCAAUAGCAGCGCCGACCGUGGCAGUAACAGAGACAGUUCAAUGUACAGUUCUCGAAAGAACUCCAACAGAAUCCCUUCCCCGGGAUUCGAAGAGCACGAGUACAAACGGCGCAAACGCGAGCGAUCCCUUGAGCGCAACCGCGAGGCAGCUUAUAAAUGUCGCAAAAAGAAGAAGGAGCAAGCUAAGCGUCUGGAGAGUCGGUGUGAGACAGUAUCGCAGGAGAAUUCUUUUUUACAAAGCGAAGUGAGUCGUCUACGGGGCCAGGUUCUGAACCUAAAGGAUGAGCUGCUGCGACAUUCCCGAUGCAGAGGUGAAGGGAUCAAGCGCCAUUUGCUGCGAAUGGCGAAGCAGGUCCCUGGUAAGGCCGAGACAACAUUGCAGAUUUCAGAGGAUAAUGUUCAGUCAGUGGAACAUACGGGGGGUUCCAUGCAGGAUCAAGAGAAAGUUGGGUUCGAUGAUUUGGUGCAGCUUCCAGCUUCAGGGGAUGACUCAUCGGCAGCGGCGUGA